AUGAAUAUCCAAUCAUUUUUGGUUCUUUCAGUACUAUUAACAAUAGGAACUAAGACGCAAUCUGUUUCUUCAGAAGAGAAGUGCACAUGUACAACAGUAAAAUCAAAAUUUGACUGUGUCGCGUUAGGGUGCACUUUCACCCCAUCUACAACAACAACAGCAGCAACAUGUACUUCAACUCCAACUGCUCUUGCUGUUGUAAGUGUUUAUUGUGGUUCGAUAUAAUCACCAGUCACAAACUGUCCUAAAACUAGAGGAUGCGCUUUUUAUGAUGGGAAAUGCCAACAUUUUAGUGGAUGUUAAGCUUUUCUUAAAACAAGCACGAAAGAAUGUUAAACAAUAUCAUAAUAUUGUAUAUCUGAUGGUAUUUCAUGUAUUGAUCCUUAAUCUUGUGAGAUUUAUAAAACAUUAGAGAUUUGCAAUAGUAAUGUAAGUGAUACAUCUACCUAAUUUUGUAUUUGGGAUGAAACUGCAAAUCCAAAAUGUAGAGCAUAAAAGUGUAGUGAAGCACCUUCAACACUGAAAUUGGAUGGAGAAUGUAAUUAAUUUAAGGCGGGAUGUGUAACAAUAGGAUUAGGUUGUGCAGAUUAAAAAUCUUUAUGUAGUGAAUAUAAAUCAGAUUGUUAUAAUAUGAUAGGAUCUGAUGGUGUUUGUGGAACAGCUACAGAUGGAACAUGUAUUAAGAGAAGUUGUGAUUCAGCACCUUUAGAAUAUACAACUGAUAUUUAAUGUAAUUCAUUCGUAUAAGGAUGUAUCACAAAUGGAUCUGGAUGUUCUAUUAAUCCUUUACCAAAUUGUUCAGAGUAUAAAUUAGAUCCAUUUAAUUGUUUGAAAAGAAUGGGAAAUGAUGGAUAUUGUGUUGGAACAGCUACAAAUGAAUGUUAAGUGAGAACUUGUGAAAAUGCUCCUGCAGACUUUUUCUCAACUCUACUAUGUAAUAAUUAUUUAAUAGGUUGUAAAUAUAAUGGCUUAAAUUGUGUAAGUUAACUUCAAAAUUGUUCUGCUUUUACAGGAACAAAAGACACUUGUUCUAAAUUUAUAGGUUUAAAUGGAUAAUGCUGGGGAGAUGUUACAAAUGAUUCAACUUCAAAUUGUAGAAAUAAAUUGUGUUCAGAUGGUGAGAUUAGUUAUAAUACAGAUAAAUUAUGUUCUGAUUUCUUAACUAAUUGUUAUACAAAUGGUUAAGGAUGUACAUCAGAAAAGAAAGCUUGUUCUACAUUUACUGGUACUAUUACUACAUGCAGUAAAUGGAUUGGAUCAGAUGGUAGAUGUGAAGGAAUUGAUGCAACUACUGAUAAACCAUGUUAAGCUAGGAUAUGUGUAAAUGCUAAAGGUGAUAAUUAUGAUUCCAAUGAUAAUUGUAAAGCCUAUCAAUUUGGAUGUUUAUCAAAUGGUUCUGGUUGCGUUUAAACUGAAACUUGUCUAGCUACCUAAAAAUAAUUAACAUGUACAGCAACCACUGAUUGUUUAUGGUCUGGUUUUUGUGUCGAUUCUGAAUGCUCUAAAUAUACUUCAAUUAGUAUGUGUACUAAUAAUCUUGCUAAAGGAAGACCAUGUAUUUGGAAUGGAACUAUUUGUAGAGAAAAAUUAUGUAAUGAAGCUGAUAAAGUUGCAAAUACAUCAGAUGAAUUAUGUUCGAAAUUUAUGAUUAGAUGUGUUUAUUCUGGAGAUGGUUGCUAAGAUUCUAAUUCUGAAUGUACUGUAUUCAGAGGUGAUAAAACUACUUGUCCUAACUUUGUUGCCAAUUCUAAAAAAUGUUGGUCUACUAGUGAAACUAAGGCUCCUUGUUCCAUUAGGAAAUGUUCUGAUAAUACAACUGCCACUUCUGAUACAGAUUGUUCCACUUUUCUUGAGGGAUGUGUUACUAAAGGUGCUGGAUGCAUUAGUGUAUCUGAACCAUGUUCCUCUUAUAUUGGAACUAUUGAUUAAUGUAAAUUGUUUAAAGGUGAAAAUGGAACUAAAAAAUGUUAUAAAGAAGAUAAUAUAUAAUCAUGUAGAAAUAUUAAAUGCACUGA